AAUGGCUUCAACAUUUAUUGUAAUACUUACCGAUAAACAUUUAACUGCUCUACGCUUUUGAAUAAAUAUUUCUGAUAGGAUACAUGUUAGACAUGUUGAAGUAAAAUGCGGUAUUUUUAUUUAACGAUUUUGAUUUUGUGCCUAGGCGCAGUACAAGAAUCUUCUGUUUCAAGUGUAAAACCUACUCAUCCAAAACGGCAUGGAGAUAAAACGAAUGAACAUGAGUAUGGUCACCGAAAACCUCAAGGUGAAAUGAGGCAUUCCCAAAAUGAGAAAGGAAAACAUGUAACAGAUGAAAAAUUAAAAGAAGGAAGACAUAUAAAAGAUGAUAAAGAAAAAGAAGGAAGGCAUGUAAAAGAUGAUAAUGUAAAACACUUAAGGCAUGUGAAAGAUGGACAACCAAACGAUGCACGGCAUGCGAAAGGUGAAAAAUUAAAAGAAGGAAGACAUCAAGACGAUAAUGUAAAACAAGGAAGGCAUGUAAAAGACGAAAAAUUCAAAGAAGGAAGACAUACAAAAGAUGAUAAAAUAGACCAUGGGAAACAGGUAAAAGAUGGGAAUAUAAAACAAGGAAGACAUGUUAAAGAAGAAAGCCACGCGAAAGAUGGAAUAUUAAAAGAAGGUAGACAUACAAAAGACAAAAAAAUUAAAGAAGGAAGACACAUAAAAGAUGAAAACAAAAAACAAGGGAGGCAUGGAAAAGACGAAAAAUUAAAAGAAAGAAACCACGUGAAAGAUAAUAAAUUAAAACUUCCGACAUCACAGAAUAUUACUAGGAAACAUCCUAAGGGAAAUGUAACGAAACCCAUGCAACGUUACAAAAUCGGGCCAGGUGUACCCGUGAUAAACUUGCUUAACAAAAUUCUACUCAAGAAGAAAGGACGUGUCGGUGGAAAACAUUUGCGUGGCAAUCACACAUCACUUAAAAGAAAGCACAAAAAGUCAAAGGAUAAUAACUCGAAACCGGGUUUUAGAGCAGAAGAUGACACCAGUACUGAUACUACCAGUAGUUCCGAUGAGGAAUUGUGGCCAGAAGAAUGGGAUGACUAUUGGCUGAAUAAAAAAAUGGAAGCACUUAAUACUACGAAGGCUAGAGGAGACGUCAUCAAUAUGGCGGGUGCUAGGCCAUGGUCAUUUCCUUGUGGAGAUCCAGGUCAACAUGAUUUACCAUGGGGUACCUGCAUGCUAGCACCUGAAUGUGACGCCGAAUAUCGAAUCUAUCGCGGUGACUCCUUUUGUGGAAGGACUUCUUUAGUAUGCUGUGCGCUUCAGUUGUCCAACUACGACUUCUAUCAUGGAAUCGAUAUUUCCUUUGGCGCCUCCAGUUACUCUACAACUUCUAGCGAUGAAGAUAUGAUUAUACUUGGACCCAAAGAACGUAAAGAGAGGCAAGAAAGGAAAGCAAGAGAAAAACGUAAACAGGAAAGAGCCAAAAGGAAAGAUAGAUUGGAGAAGAGUAUCAAAAAAAUUGUAAAAGAAGUUAAAGAUAUUUUGAGUAGAGCUUUUAAAAACGGAACAAUGGAACGAAAGAAGCAGGUUGACCGUAUAAGGGAAUAUAUAAAAAAAAUGAAGAAACAAUAUAGAGAGGAUCGUAAGAAUCUUAUAAACAUGCAUCAUGCAGAGAUGAAAGUGAAUGAUGAGAAGUUGCAAAUUAAGCUUAACCAGAUCAGAGGUCUGAACCUGGCGUUUAUGACGAAUGCUACGUUCAGGGACAUUAUUGUUAACGGGACGGUGAACAAGGAGAAACUCAUUAAGUUGUUGCGUGAGCAUCCGGAACUGACGCAGUAUUUCCAGAAUAGACGCUCUGGUGGUGGUGGACCGUAUCUAGGGCCAGUGCAAGAGGCGACAGAUGAAGACCAGCAUGAGCAUGCAUAUGAGCAUGAAUAUGAGCAUGAACGUGAGCAUGUGCGUAAGCGUAAAGUCAUGGAUGCCAACACUAAGUCUCAGGAAUAUGAUGUGGAAUACGGAGUUCUCUAUUACUGAGUAAUUAAAAUUAAUAUCAAUUA